UAUUUUUCUUUUACAGACCUCAGACGUCACGACUAAAUACCCGUCGCUCUUUCAUUGCAGUAUUCAGGCCUUUGGUUCGACAUCGAGAGCGUUCCCAACCAGUACCAGCAUACCAAGAAAUGCGUCACUCAGAACUACACCUGGACCGGGGAGUACAUGAAUGUGGCGACCCGGGGGUUGACCGACGAGGACGAGAAGGUCCGCCAGGGGGCCGUCAUGCACGUCGAGGAGUAUGAUGUGGAGAAGCCUGACCCGGCGUACAUGACCGUCGACGCCGCGGGAGUGCCCGCAGCGCCGUACCAGAUCAUUGCAACUGACUAUCGUACUUACUCCUGCGUUUACUCGUGCCUCGAGUACUUCGGAUUCAGGGCAGAGUUUGCCUGGGUGUUCGGCCGCACGACCACGCUGCCGCCCAGCACGAUUGCCAAGUGCCAUAAGAAGUUCACCAGCAUGGGCGUCGAUCCCAAGAAAAUGUUCCCCAUCGUUCAAGGAGCAGCUUGCCCGUACUACGAGAAACUUGACGAGAUGAUGGCGACGAGUGAGAGACAGCUGGUGGCGCUGCUCGGUCCCGACCUCCCCACCACCUCGACCACCACCUCGACCACCACCACCAGCCCCGUGACUUCCAAGCUGGCGCGCGAGGAAGAUCUGUUGGAGGAUAUACAAGGGACUGUCAGGUUGGAGGAAAAGAUUGUCAAGGAAAUCGAAACAAAAGUUGAAGCAAAUCAGGAAGUAAAUCGAGUGGCCGUAGAGGAGAAAGAGGGGGACGUCGACUACAGUUCGGGCCUCCGGUCAUCUGCUUCCUGCCUGCUGCUUAGUCUCCUGUGCAUCACCGUCUUGAUGCUGCAUUAAGAUGUAUAAUACCCGUUGGAGUUAGGAUCUCUUGACUUAUUUUAUGUAUUUUUGAUCUUCCUAUUUUAUUCUCCGUUUAUAGAAUUUUAUAUCGUGAUGAGGAAUUACUGCUUACACUGUUCACUUUAUUCUAAGCUCUGUUACUCUGUUUUCUCAUUUCAUAACUGAUUCUUAUCACAUAAAUCUGUGGAUAGUUUUAUCACUGAAUGUGGACCAUCUAGAUGUAUAUGUAUAAAAAAUUAAGUUAUAGUAAUUGUUGUGUAGUAGAGAGCUAUAUGAAUUAUAGUAAUUGUUGAAUAUAUAUUUUAAAGGAAAUUGUAUUACUGAUACGUAUAGACGCAAAAAUAUAUAUUAUAACUGAUCAUGCAACGUAUUGUAAAGUUGGUUAAUGUAAUGUUGUCCACUUUCUGGUUUUCAUGGUUGGUCAUCCAAAUUAUACAGUAAUAUUAAAAACAGUAAUUAAUGACACUCCCAAGAUUGCCAAAGAAAUUUUAAUGAACAAAUGUCUUAUAUUUCGAAUUGCUGUAAAAUAUAUUGCCCGUCAUGAAAAAAAUAAAUCCAGUCAGUGUUUAUCUGUGAGUAAUUAUAUAUAUAUAUCUUUUGCAUAUCUACAAAUAAUGUACAAGUUUGUGAUUAAGCAAGUAGUGAUUACAAGUAUCAAAAUUAAACACUAAAAAUGAUUCUAUGGAAAAGAAAUGCUUGUUGCUAAUGCUAGACAUGUACCAAAACCCAGUUCGUUGUUUAUACGUUUUAUUUUCAGAAACUACUGGGCAAAAUAAACAUUGUACUGAUAUCUCGGUGAUUAGUCAGUCAUUUUAUUUUAAACAAGUAAUACUCCCCGGAAAAUAGAAUAGAAUACCGAGUUAUUGUUGCUCAGUUGUUCAUAUGUUGCAUUUUGUUUGACAACUCAAAUAUCAAACCAAAUGAAACGUGUUAUCAGUAUUCUUUGUAUUUACUCCAGUCGUUGUUUAAUACAAUUUAUAUUAUAAA